GCGCCGAAGGAGUACUAUUUACCAAACCACAACAUAACAAAAACUAUUUCAUGGAAAACACAUUUCAUUUCAUGCAAAAAAACAAAACCCAAAUUCUCACUCUCACACACUUCACUCUCUCUUUCUCUGAAACUAAAACCUUUCACUCUCACGCGCUUUUUCAUCUUCUAUCAAACACUAACGUGUAGGGUUUUUGAAUCAGCUACCAUCGACGCACUGUUUCGUGUUUUCUUCUUCAGCUUGAUGAUCAACGUUUACGACUAAGGUUUUGUGUUCAGCUAGCUGAGAAGCUUUGAUUUACCAGAGAUUUCUCUUUGAGGGACUGUAGAUUUACUAAGGUAGUGAUGGAAGAUAAUCCUACUUCAAGUCUUUUGGAAGGGAAGGUUGUUGGGAUCCGAUUCAGUAUGGCUACACGCCAGGAAAUUAGUACUGCAUCAAUCAGCGAUUCCCAAAUUAGCCAUGCUAGUCAGCUGGCAAAUCCCUUUCUUGGGCUUCCACUUGAGUUCGGAAGAUGUGAAUCUUGUGGCACUUCCGAAGCUGGCAAAUGCGAAGGCCACUUUGGUUAUAUUGAACUUCCAGUGCCAAUAUACCAUCCUAGUCAUGUAACCGAGGUGAAGCGAAUACUGAGCCUAGUCUGCUUAAGCUGCCUAAAACUGAAGAAAACAAAGGUACCUUCUUCAAGCAGUGGUUUGGCACAGAGAUUAUUAUCUCCUUGUUGUGAGGAUGUUAAUGCUUCACAAGUUUCUAUUCGGGAGGUCAAAACAGCUGAUGGGGCUUGUUACUUAGCACUGAAGGUGCCAAAGUCAAAGAUGCAUGAUGGAUUUUGGAGUUUUUUAGAAAAAUAUGGCUAUCGCUAUGGGGGUGAUCAUACUCGAGCUUUGCUUCCUUGUGAGGCGAUGGAAAUUAUCAAGAGAAUUCCUCCAGAAACAAAAAAAAAACUUGCUGCAAAAGGAUAUUUUCCUCAAGAUGGAUAUGUUUUGAAAUACCUUCCGGUACCACCAAAUUGCUUGUCUGUGCCAGUAGUUUCGGAUGGUGUCAGUAUCAUGUCUUCGGAUCCUGCCAUGACAAUUCUUAGAAAAUUGCUUAGGAAGGUUGAAGUCAUCAGAAGCUCUAGAUCUGGUGAGCCAAACUUUGAGUCUCAUCAAGUGGAAGCUAACGAUUUGCAAUCCGUGGUUGAUCAGUAUCUUCAAAUUAGGGGUACUUCUAAGGCCGCACGUGAUAUAGAAACACAUUAUGGGGUCAAUAAGGAGCUGAAUGAUUCCUCAACAAAAGCAUGGUUAGAGAAAAUGAGGACUUUAUUUAUAAGAAAGGGUUCAGGGUUUUCUUCCCGGAAUGUAAUAACUGGAGAUGGCUAUAAGAAAAUAAAUGAAGUAGGAAUACCGCUUGAGGUUGCCCAAAGGAUAACAUUUGAGGAGAGAGUAAGCAUCCAUAACAUCCAUUAUUUACAAAAGUUGGUUGAUGAAAAUUUGUGCUUGACAUACAAGGAAGGUUUGUCAACUUACUCGCUUAGGGAGGGCUCAAAGGGGCACACUUACCUUAAAACAGGUCAAAUCGUCCAUAGGAGGAUUAUGGAUGGCGAUACGGUCUUCAUCAACAGACCUCCAACUACCCAUAAGCACUCCUUGCAAGCGCUUGUGGUGUACAUCCACGACGACCACACAGUCAAAAUUAAUCCACUUAUAUGUGGACCCCUCGGAGCGGACUUUGAUGGUGACUGUGUCCAUCUUUUUUAUCCCCAGUCACUUGCUGCUAAAGCUGAGGUUUUGGAGCUUUUCUCUGUUGAGAAACAACUUCUCAGCUCUCACAGUGGCAAUUUGAACCUUCAGUUAUCCUCUGAUUCGUUACUGUCACUGAAGAUGCUAGUCAAGAGUUGUUUUUUGGAUAGAGCAACAGCUAAUCAAAUGGCAAUGUUUCUUUCACUGCCUUUGCCAAUGCCUGCUUUGCUUAAGGAUACAUCUGGUGAUUCUUUUUGGACAUCUAUUCAAAUGUUGCAGUGUGCUUUGCCUUUCUCGUUUGAUUGUACUGGAGUACGAUACUUGAUUAGGCAGAGGGAAAUCUUAGAAUUUGAUUUUACCAAAGAUGUCUUGCCUUCAAUUAUAAAUGAAAUAGCAGCCUCAAUUUUUUUUGGCAAGGGUCCUCAGGAGGCACUCAAUUUCUUUGACGUGAUCCAGCCCUUUCUGAUGGAAAACAUAUUUGCCCAUGGAUUUAGUGUUGGAUUACAAGACUUUUCUAUAUCCAGGGCAGUGAAGAGAGUUAUAAAUAGAAGCAUUGGGAAAGUUUCUCCUUUGUUGCGUCAGCUGAGGGACAUAUAUGAAGAGCGCGUGGCUCAACAACUGGAGAAUGAAAUUCAAGAUAUUGAACUUCCAGUCAUAAAUUUUGCUUUGAAGUCAACCAAACUUGGAGAUUUGAUUGACUCAAAUAGUAAGUCUGCGGUUGACAAGGUGGUUCAACAGAUUGGCUUUUUAGGCCAACAACUCUUUGAGAGAGGAAAAUUUUAUUCCAAGGGAUUGGUUGAGGAUGUAGCUUCCCAUUUUCAUGUGAAGUGUUUCUAUAAAAUGGAAGAUUAUCCCUCUGCCGAGUUUGGUUUGCUCAAAGGAUGCUUUUUUCAUGGUUUAGAUCCAUAUGAAGAGUUGGUGCAUUCAAUUGCAACGAGAGAAAUAAUUGACCGCUCUUCUAGAGGAUUAUCUGAACCAGGCACAUUAUUUAAGAACUUGAUGGCCAUUCUCCGCGAUGUUGUUAUUUGCUAUGAUGGAACCGUGAGAAAUGUGUGUAGUAAUUCCAUCAUCCAGUUUGAAUAUGGUGUACAAUCUGGAGACGCAGCACAACACUUAUUCCCUGCUGGUGAGCCUGUAGGUGUCUUAGCUGCAACUUCCAUGUCAAACCCUGCUUAUAAAGCAGUCCUUGAUGCUAGUCCUAGCAGUAAUUCUUCCUGGGGAUUUAUGAAGGAAAUACUCCUUUGCAAGGUGAACUUCAGGAAUGAAUCAAAUGAUCGCCGUGUAAUUUUAUAUUUAAAUGAUUGUGAUUGCGGUAGGAAUUAUUGUCGAGAACGUGCUGCAUAUUUGGUUAAAAAUCAAUUAACCAAAGUAAGCCUCAAGGAUGCAGCAGUAGAUUUCAUUGUUGAAUACCAGCAGCAUCGAAGACACAAUGAUGGUACUGAAGAUGCAGGCCUUGUUGGUCAUAUUCAUCUAAAUGAGGUGAUGUUAGAGAACCAUAAGAUCAAUAUGACUGAAGUUUACCAAAAAUGCCUUGAGAGACUUGAUUCCUUUAGUCGGAAGAAGAAAUACCCAAUUUUUAAGAGAACCGAAUUGUCUUUCAGUGAGUCAUGCUAUUCUCCGAACUAUGCUGCCCCUUGUGUAACAUUCCUUUGGCGGGAUGGUGAUGAUUUGGACCAAACCACUAAAGUCUAUGCUGACAUCAUCUGCCCAGUUCUGUUAGAAUCCAUAAUCCAAGGAGACCCUCGUAUCAGCUCGGCAAGUAUAAUUUCGGUUAAUCCUGGAACAAACACAUGGGUCCGUAACCCGUCCAAAUCUUCUAAUGGUGAAUUAGCACUGGACGUCAUUCUUGAGAAGGAAGCUGUUAAACAAAGUGGUGAUGCUUGGAGGAUUGUACUCGAUUCCUGUCUUCCUGUUCUUCAUUUGAUUGAUACUAGGCGUUCUAUACCUUAUGCUAUUAAGCAAAUUCAGGAAUUACUGGGAAUAUCAUGUACUUUUGAUCAAGCGAUUCAGCGUCUUGCAGCAUCAGUAAGAAUGGUGGCAAAAGGUGUUCUCAGAGAGCAUCUCAUUCUCUUAGCAAGUAGUAUGACUUGUGGUGGAAAUUUGGUUGGUUUUAAUACAGGUGGUUAUAAAACCCUGGCUCGUCAAUUAAAUAUUCAAGUACCCUUCACCGAUGCAACACUCUUUACUCCUAGAAAAUGCUUUGAAAGAGCUGCUGAGAAACACCACGCAGACUCUUUGUCAAGCAUUGUUGCUUCCUGUUCUUGGGGCAAACACGUGGCUGUUGGUACAGGAUCAAGAUUUGAUAUUGUAUGGGAUCCCAAAGAGAUUAACACAAACGAAAUUGAAGGGAUGAAUGUUUACAAUUUUCUUCACAUGGUCAAAGGCCUUGCCAAUGGGGAAGAAGAAAACAAUGCUUGUUUGGGUGAGGACAUUGAUGAUUUGCUCGAUGAUGAAAAUGUGGACUGGGAUAUGUCCCCACAGCAUACCUCUGGAUUUGAUGCUGUCUUUGAUGAGACUUUUGAACUACCGAGUGGCCCAACAUCAAAUGGUUGGGAUUCAAAUACAGACCAGAUUGAUCAAACCAAAACAAACUCGAAUGAUUGGUCUGGUUGGGGACAAAAAAAAUCUGAAAUACAAGACUCUUCAAAGUCUAGUGGCUGGGGGACUGCCACCAAUCAAAAUACCGAGUCUUCCUGGGGUAAAAGUAAACAGGGAGGUGAAGAUGAUGCAGUACAAAACACCCAAUGGGAGUCCGGGAUUCAAGAAGACUCUUCAAAGUUUAGUGCUUGGGGGGCUGCCACCAAUCAAAAUAAUGAUCAGUCUUGGGGUAAAAUGAAACCUGUAGCACAAGAUGCAGUACAAACCACCCAAUGGGAGUCCGGGAUUCAAGAAGACUCUUCAAAGUCUAGUGCUUGGGGGGCUGCUUCAAAUCAAAACAGUGACCAGUCUGUGAGCUCUCAAAAGUGGAGAUCUGGUGUUGCCCAAGAAGACUCUUCAAAAUCUGGUGCUUGGGAGGCCAACACAAUUCAAAACAGUGGUCAGGCCUCUUGGGGCAAAAAUAAAACUACAGUCCUAGAUGCUGGAGAGGAAAGGGCCCACAAAGAGUCUGGGAGCAUUACAAAAUGGAAAGCAGAUGGUAUCCAAGAAGACUUGUCAAGCUCAGGUGGUUGGAAAGCUUGGGGAAAAAGUAAAACCAAUGUACAUGAGGGUGAGUCUAUAAAAGUACAAGAAGAUUCUUGGAACUCCCAGAAAUCGAAAGCUGGAGCUGAUGUUACCCAAGAAGAUUCUGCGAAGUCUAGUGCUUGGGGUGCGAUCAAAGAUGCAACAAAAUCCAAGUCGAAUGAUUGGUCCUCGUGGGGAGGGAAAAAAGAUGAGAUACAUGAUAUUGCGGAAUUCUCUUCUAGAUCCGGUGCCUUAGAACAUAAGCCGGACAACGUUAAGGACAGCUGGGAUGCCAAAUUGCCAGUUGCCAAUAAUAGCUCUUGGGGAAAACCCAAAUCAUCAGAAAACCAACCUUGGGAUAACAAGAAUGAAUCAAAUAGCUCUUGGGGAAAACCCAUAUCACAAGAAAACCAGCCAUGGGAUUCCAAAACUGAGCCAAAUAGUUGCUCUUGGGGAAAACCCAAAUCACAAGAAAACCAGCCUUGGGAUUCCAAAACUGAGCCAAAUAGUAGCUCUUGGGGAAAACCCAAAUCACAAGAAAACCAGCCUUGGGAUUCCAAAACUGAGCCAAAUAGUAGCUCUUGGGUAAAACCCAAAUCACAAGAAAACCAGGCUUGGGAUUCCAAAACCGAGCCAAAUAGUAGCUCUUGGGGAAAACCCAAAUCACAAGAAAACCAACCUUGGACCAAGAAUGACUCGAAUCAAAGUGCAAGUUCACGUGGAUGGGACUCACAUGUUGCUUCUGCUAACUCUGAUGGCGACCGAAGUUUUCAGUGGGGAAAACAAGGAAGAGACUCAUUUAAGAAAAAUCAGUUUGAAGGUUCCCAAGGUCGGGGUUCAAAUGCUGGGGACUGGAGAAAUCAGAAUCGCCCUGCCAGAGUACCUGGACAGAGGUUCGAAUUAUACUCUUCUGAGGAGCAGGAUGUUCUCAAGCAUAUUGAACCUAUUGUGCAGUCCAUCAGAAAAAUCAUGCAGCAAGAAGGAUACAAUGAUGGGGAUCCACUAGCUGCUGAUGACCAAAAGUAUGUUCUUGAGAAUGUCUUUGAACAUCAUCCAGAUAAAGAAACAAAAAUGGGUGCUGGAAUUGAUCAUGUCAUGGUUAGCAGACACAGCAAUUUUCAGGACAGCAGAUGCUUGUAUGUGGUUUUAAAAGAUGGUAAAAAAGAAGACUUUUCGUACCGCAAGUGCCUGGAAAACUUAGUGAGGAAGAAAUUUCCAGAAACUGCUGAAUCGUUCUGCGGAAAAUAUUUUAGGAAACCCCGACCCCGUGAAAAGAGGGAGCAGACUCCAAAUCCAGCAGGGGAACAGACUGCAAAUCCAAACCCAGCAGGAGAGCAGACUGCAACUCCAAACCCAAUAGGGGAGCAGACCUCUAACCCGAAUCCAGCAGGGGAUCAGACUUCAACACCAAAUCCAGUGGAGGACCAGAACACAACUCCAAUGGCUAUGGAAACCAAUGAGUAGAGAAGUUGAAAGUUGUGUCCUUAAUUUUGUACAGAAAAGGGCACAGUUGAGGCAAAGGUUUCACAACAGACCAAUAUUAAUGUAGGAAAGGUUUCCCAUUUUGUUGUCUCAGCAUCAUAGUUACUCUGUUUAAGCCUGUGAUUGAUGAUGACAAAACAAAUGAAAAUGUUUAUAUUUUUAACAUCUGAAUGAUGAUAGCUUGUGCGAUGUCCCUGCCAAACUACCCUGCACAUAAUUUUAUCUAACCCCUCAACCUCACUCAGCUUCUAGAAAAUUAUCAAACCACUGCCAGAAUGGAAACCUUUUGAUUUGUUUCAUGAAUCAACUCGUCUGUUAUUCUGUGAAUAGGUUUUCCAGCAUUCUAAAUUUAUCUGUAUAGUGGUAGAUUUUGUGGUUAUAUUUUUCUCA